UUUCAUUGGUGUAGGAUACUUCAUAUAGUCAACAUGGAGUGGAAAUCGUUAUACCUUUUUAUGGUUAUUUCUUCAAUAUUCGCCAACAGUUUCGCUAAUGAUAUUGAUAAUUUGAUUGAUAAGGUUACAGAUCAUCCUUAUAAUUACUGCCAUGAGACAGCAAUGCUUGCAAGCCAAAAUCAAGCAGGGUACGGAAUCCCAGUCGUGUGGCGGUGUGAACAAGAUGGAAGUUUUUCGUCCCUCCAGUGUCUCGCGAGAGGAGAAUGUGCAUGCGUCAAUAAAUACGGAAAUUAUAUUGCUCGCACAAUGACAGCGUCAAAUCAGCCUCCUCCAAUGUGUUUAGGUUUAAAGCCAGGCCAAUGUCCCUUUACCAAAUUGUCAACAUCGUGUACAUCGAAAUGUCAAUAUGACGAAGAAUGUCCAACUAACUUUAAAUGUUGUGACACCGAUUGUGGAAUGACGUGCGUUGAGCCGAUGCAAGAUUGUUUUGAAAGCGAGUUCGCCUGUAUGGAUGAGCUAACAUGCAUACCAAAAGACCAAAGGUGUAACGGGUUUUCGGACUGUCCUGAUGGAAGUGAUGAAAUAGAUUGCCAUUGGCCGCGUUUUGAUUGUCCACUUGGGCAUAAAAUACCACAAGAAAAACAGUGCGACGCUUAUAAAGAUUGUGUAGAUGGAUCAGACGAGAAGGACUGUGAGGACUUCAUUGUCACCUGCUCGGACGGAAAGAUUUUCCCCAAAUCUGAAUUGUGCAAUGGUUAUGAGAAUUGUGAAGAUGGAAGCGAUGAAGUUGGAUGUGAACCAAAAAUUGGAUGCAACCACGAUGAAUUCGAGUGUGCAAAUGGAAAAUGUUAUUCUACGUGGGAUCGAUGUGAUGGAUCUAACAGCUGUGGCGACUGGAGUGACGAAGACAACUGUGUAUUAUUUGAAUGCAAUAAUGGUGUGUUGUUGCCAGCGAGAGACAUUUGCGAUGGUGAAAAUGAUUGUGGCGACAACUCCGAUGAAGACGAAUGUGCGCCGGGAAUAGGAUGUCCAGAAGAUUUCAUGUAUAGAUGUGCUGAUGGUACUUGUAUUGGCGUGUUUAUGGUUUGCAAUGGUGACGUUGAUUGUGAUAGCGGGGAAGAUGAACUUAAUUGCGAGUGCAAUCUACCCAUGAUGCCAUGCGAUAAUGGUACAAGAUGCAUUGGACCAUGGGAUCGAUGUGAUGGUAAUCCUGUCUGUGAUGAUGGAGAAGAUGAAAUCGGCUGUGCUUGCGGUGAUUUCGGUUUCCAGUGUGAAAACGGAAGAUGUAUUCAUUCUAAUAAUCAAUGUGAUGCGUACGACGACUGUGGCGACAACAGCGAUGAACAGGAAUGUGGUCAUUUUGAGUGCACAGGAGGAGGAGAACUGAUUUCUAAAAAACUCAUUUGUGAUGGAAAUGUAGACUGUUCGGACGGUAGCGAUGAGCAUGAAUGCCGUAAGUACAUCAACACAGGUAUUCCUAAGUGA